AUGAAUGAAAAGGCACCAGAGGCAACGCCUCUACUAAGAGGCCAUCUUCAGCAGCGCCCGCGUAAAUCCAACAUCUCAACUGUACUGGGCCUUUUAGCCGCUGUUUGUAUCAUUGGCUUCUUUCACCACCGCCCUUAUCCUGAAUCAAAGAGUACUGAGGAACCUACGAAGAAGCCAUGGACUUGGAACGAUAUCAAACCAAGCCGGGAACUGCAUUGGGAGUCGUGCUAUGACAAGUUCGAAUGCGCAAGGCUUGAUGUUCCAAUGGAUUGGCUAAAGCCUUCUGAUCAUAAGCGAGUGGUGCUUGGAGUUAUCAAGCUACCAGCCAAGAACAAGAGCAACCCAGUGUCUCCGCUCUUCGUUAACCCCGGCGGUCCCGGAGGAUCAGGUAUAGCCUUUGUGAAGCGAGAAGGUCAUAUCCUCCAAGCCGUUGUGGGUGACAACCAUGACGUUAUCAGCUUUGAUCCUCGAGGAGUCGGCGUUUCUACACCCCGUGUCGAAUGUUGGGGUUCUUCCCAAAGACGACGACUCUGGAACAUGCAAGAAACUCCAGUUGCUGAUGAACAUCCCGGUCUCAUUUACGAUUCCUAUGCUCGAGCCGCAGCCUAUUCAGGCGCUUGUGAGGCAGCAAUGGAAGAUAUUGGUCUUAUGCAGUUCCUUGGAAGCGCAUCCAUUGCCAGGGACAUGCUGGAGAUUCUUGACAAGACAGGCAAUGAGAAACUCCGUUACUGGGGUUUCAGCUACGGUACUAUCCUCGGUGGUGUUUUUGCUGGUCUGUACCCUGAGCGGGUAGAGAGACUGGUCAGCGAUGGCAACGUCGACUACCAUGACUGGUUCAAUUUCGACCAUGGCAACUUUGUUUCUGAUACAGACAAGAUCUUCGAUGCCUUUGAUAUAGCAUGCCACAAAGUCGGACCUCUCAAGUGCGCCUUCUACGCCGAAUCUCCCAAGGCCAUCGAGAAACGUCGAGGCGAUCUCCUCGCCCACCUUAAGAAGUCACCAGUUCUGCUACCUGCGUGGUCCCAAGAGUCAGGGCCAGAGCUACCCGUUCUCAUCUCCUACUCCCACCUUCAACGCCUCAUCCAAACCUCCAUCUAUGCCCCAAUUGUUAAAUUUCCCCAGCUAGCUCGAGUAUUCGCCGCUCUGGAGAAGCGUGACGGAGUGCUAUUCUAUGAAAUGGUGCUUUCGAUGAGCAAAAACAUGGCAUUUGAGGGGGACAUGUGUGAGCUCGGAGAUACUCCUGCUACAACACCCUUUGAGACGCCAAUGGAACUUGAUGCUUUCCCUGCGAUUAUGUGCUCCGACUCAAAGCCUGUGGAAGAUUCUCCACAGGAAGUUGCGGAGUUCUUUGAUAGAAUCACACACAAGAGUCGCUGGGCUGGUGCAGCCAAUGCCAACUUCCACGUCUCUUGUGUUGGAAGAAAGACGAGACCGAAGUGGAAGUUCACAGAUGCUGACUUUAGGGGCGACACUGCGCAUCCUAUUCUUUACAUCGGCAACAUAGCUGAUAAUGUCACACCUCUUCAAAGUGCCUUCAACAACUCAGCCAAGUUCCCAAGCUCAGUUGUUCUUACACAGAACUCAUACGGACACUGCUCCUCCGCAGCGCCUUCGACAUGUUCAAUGCGUUAUGUGAGAGAGUAUUUCCAGAACGGGACUCUUCCAGCUGCCGGAACCAUAUGUGAUCAAGAUUUUGAGCUUUUUGAAUUGCCUGGACUGGAAGAGGAUGUGACAGGUCUGGAUGAGCUUAGCUCGAUUGCUCUUAUGCUGGCUAGAGAAGCAGAGAUUCCGAGGCCCUUUUGA